AGCGCGGAGCGGGCAGAGCGGCAGACUGGCGCUGCGGCUGAACCCUGAGCACCGGACAGCCGGAGCGGAGCUGCUGCUGUGGAUUUGGAACGGAGAAGCCAGUGUUUACCUUUUAAAUCCGGGGGCUUUUCCUCCCCGUGAUAUCACUGCCCUGGGCGGGAAGCCAGAGGAAAGGAACACUUUAAUUAAAUCAGCAGGAAUUAUUUCCUCUCCAACAAAGAGCGUUCAAGGAAGUAGCCUGCUGCCGUAAAUUAGUGAAGCAGGAUAAAAGUACUGGAUCUAUAUCCCGCCAUGGCUCACCACAGACUCCUCCGCGGGGGUUUGACUUUACAGUUUUUUGUUCUGUUCGUGAAUGUGGGGAUUUUUCGAGUGAAUGGGCAAUACGGCGGAGACCGUGGAAUGUCUAUACCAGAGCACGGGUUCUGCCAGCCGAUCUCCAUUCCGCUGUGCACGGACAUCGCGUACAACGAGACCAUCAUGCCCAACCUGCUCGGGCACACCAACCAGGAGGACGCGGGGCUGGAGGUGCACCAGUUUUACCCGCUGGUUAAAGUCCAGUGCUCCCCGGAUUUAAAGUUCUUCCUCUGCUCCAUGUACGCGCCCGUGUGCACGGUGCUGGAGCAGGCGCUGCCCCCGUGCCGCUCUCUGUGCGAGCGCGCGCGGCAGGGCUGUGAGGCGCUCAUGAACAAGUUCGGCUUCCAGUGGCCCGACAGCCUCGCGUGCGAGACCUUCCCGGUGCACGGCGCGGGAGAGCUGUGCGUCGGGCAGAACAUGUCCGACCGCACGGAGGGAGACAGCCCCGGACCUGAGGUGUUCCCCACCCCGCGCCCGGUCCCUGAACACCCCAUGCAUGGGCAGUUCAGGUGCCCGGCCUCGCUUCGGGUGCCCCCCUACCUGAACUACCGCUUCCUCGGGCAGGAGAACUGCGGCGCUCCCUGUGAGCCCAAGAGGUCUCACGGGAUGAUGUACUUCAACGAGGAGGAGCUGAAGUUCGCCAGGAUCUGGAUCGGGAUCUGGUCCGUGCUGUGCUGUGCCUCCACCAUGUUCACUGUGCUGACCUACCUGGUGGACAUGAAGCGCUUCAGCUACCCGGAGCGGCCCAUUGUCUUCCUGUCGGGCUGCUACACCAUGGUGUCCAUCGCCUACAUCGCUGGGUUCCUACUGGAGGACAAGGUGGUGUGCAACGACAGGUUCGACAACGACAUAAGGACUGUGGUGCAGGGCACGAAGAAGGAGGGCUGCACCAUCCUCUUCAUGAUGCUCUACUUCUUCAGCAUGGCCAGCUCCAUCUGGUGGGUCAUUCUGGCUCUUACCUGGUUCCUGGCAGCUGGGAUGAAGUGGGGCCACGAGGCCAUCGAGGCUAACUCCCAGUACUUCCACCUGGCGGCCUGGGCCGUCCCCGCCGUCAAGACCAUCACCAUCCUGGCUGUGGGGCAGGUGGAUGGAGACGUGCUGAGCGGGGUCUGCUUCGUGGGGGUCAACAGCGUGGACGCCCUGCGAGGCUUUGUCCUGGCUCCGCUGUUCGUCUACCUGUUCAUCGGAACAUCCUUCCUCUUGGCGGGCUUUGUGUCGCUGUUUCGCAUCCGGACCAUCAUGAAGCACGACGGCACCAAGACAGAGAAGCUGGAGAAGCUGAUGGUGCGGAUAGGGAUCUUCAGCGUGCUGUACACGGUGCCGGCCACCAUCGUCAUCGCCUGCUACUUCUACGAGCAGGCCUUCAGGGAGCAGUGGGAGAGGACCUGGGUCAGCCAGACCUGUAAGACCUACGCUGUGCCCUGUCCCGUCCAGAACCACCCCAACAUGAGUCCAGACUUCACCGUCUUCAUGAUAAAGUACCUCAUGACGCUCAUUGUGGGCAUCACAUCCGGCUUCUGGAUCUGGUCUGGGAAAACCCUGAACUCCUGGAGGAGGUUUUACACGAGACUGGCCAACAGUAAACAGGGGGAGACCACAGUGUGAGGGGGGGGGGCACACAGACUGCUGACAGACUGAAUGAUAGUCCACCUCUUCUCUUGAUUUUUUCUUGGACUUAAAGACAAUUCUUUCUUUUUUUUAUGUACAUAUACGUUUGUGAGAUUUUUGUAAGUAUAUAUUUGUAUUUAAAGAUUUUAAAAUGUUUUUUAAAAACUCCUUUUUUCCUACUUCGGACAUAAUGGAAUUGUACUUAAUAGUCACAAAGAACCAGCUGACCUUCAAUGGUCCGGGGUCCCAUGACCUGACUUACUGUGGACCCCAGUGGAGUAUCUCAUCGUGUGUUUAAUCAGUGGGCUGCCUGCAAGCGCCGGCUCUAUUCUGAGCGAGUCCCGUGAAACCAGAGUGCUUCCUCGUGGCUCCUCAUCACCCAGCUGGAGUGUGUGUGUGUACAGUGAGCAGCAGUUGUCUGGGUCUGGUGCACAAGUUGUGAAUGUGAGCUAUUGUGACAGAUGCUGGUGGUCUGUAUCCCCCGAUAGUUCUAUCAUUCCUUUCCAAAUAAAGCACACACAAUCACACCAGGUUCACACACCAUGCUAGUGUUUUUGCAUGUUUCAGUUCUGAGUUUACACAUAUAACCUCAGGCAAACUGCAUUGUGUUUGUCCUGUUUUACUACCUUUUUUUUAGCUACAAUUCAUGAAUAAUCACAAGUCAUUUUAAAAUGGCUUGGUAUUCCUGCACAGUGACCACCAUCACUGCUCAUGCAGGUGUAUUAUUGCUGCAUAAUACAGGUGUAUGUAAAGAUACCUGGCAAUAUCAUGCAACAAUUUCACAAGUUUAACUGAAAUGAAA